AUGUCACAAACAUCAAUGCCAUCCGACACGGCUGCACCCGCGCGAAGACGGCCCGGCCGCUCACGAUCGCCCGAUGGUUUCAGCUUGGCAUCACAGCAAGUCGAUGACCAAGUCCUCACCAUUUGGGCCGACGAAGACUUCGAGCCACGAGGCGUCCGGCCGAGGCGAGCGUAUUACGGCAACAACGUACCCGCACUUGGCGACAUUUCCAACGGUCAGUCUUUUUCCUUGCUUGAAAGGCAUCGGUUUGUUCGAGAUGCCAUGGAGAAACACCACACAUGUGCGCAGCAGCAGAACUGGGAGUGUCGCGAUUUCGCCCAAAACGUCGUGCAAGAUGAUCGCAUAUCCUUCGAGGAACAGGUAACGGGCGUCUACGACUGGACAUACCGGGAAAAGGCCGAGAACGUGUGGGACUGGAUCGUCGGCAACAAAUACGACGAGAGCUGGACCGAGGUGCAAAAGGUCGAGUUCCGGAAAAUGCUUCACAGGAUGGGAACGCUUGCCAGGGCGGCGGCGAAAGGACAGGAAUUUGACGAAUUGGACCGGCAUUUCUUCCAAAAACGAGUCGUGCGCUUGAGGAUCCCCAUCGAGGUCUUUGCCGAAGACUGGUGCCAAUAUCGCUUCUUUCCCGUCGGCGCGUGCCGACCGCGGCACAAACGGUCCCAGUUCAACGCCGAGGACCAGCGGAAGAUUGAUCAAGCAUACCCGGAAUAUUGGGCCGCCGGGGAAGGGCCCCCUGCGGGACAGUCGGCCGGCACGGCGUCGCCAUUGAACGGCCGAGUGAGUGGCCAGGACGCAUCGUUUGUACGAUUAGCAAACAAGGCGUACGGGCAAGCACGCAAGUACCACCUGAUUUUGUGA